AAAAGAAACUGGCAACUGUAUACUUCUCUGGAUAUAAACUCAGGAGGUUUCCGAAUCAGACAUCAGAGACACAUAAGUCCUUCAAGAUGAAAUUUUUAGUGCUUGCCCUCCUUGUCGCCGUGGCCUCUGCCGACCGGCUGUACGAGGCCCCAGCUCGGGAUGACUCCGACGAGAUCGCCAUCUUGAAGGACGACCGUGUGAUCGAGGACGACGGAAGGUACAACUUCGACAUGGAGACUGCCAACGGCAUCGUCUUUUCCGAGUCUGGCUCUCCUGUGGGAGACGAAGGAGCCGUCCAUAGUGCCGGAUCCUUCUCGUACACCGCUCCUGACGGCAGCGACAUCCACCUCCAGUACGUAGCUGACGAGAACGGAUUCCAGCCACAGGGCGACCACCUGCCCGUGGCUCCCGAGUUCCCCCACCCGAUCCCCGACUUCGUCCUCAGGCAGAUCGAAAAGGCUGCCGAGGAGGACGCCCGCAGCGCCCGUGGGGAAGUCUCCCGCUCUUACGGUACUCCCGAUGACGACUAAAAUGUUACACUUCUACGAUAUGCGUCUGUUUCCUGUGACCACCGAUAUGCGCGAACCCUGUUUUUGUCUUAGAUUAGGAUUGUACAUAUAGUCUAGGUCUUUAUUUGUUAUAAAAUCAAAUCCACCAUCA